AUGACUAAAAGAAAACAAAAUAAUAACUCAACUUCAAGUGAUACAGAAACAGACUCCAGAAAUUUAAGCAAUCCAAAACCAGGACGUCCACUAACAGGAGUUUGGAAAUGUUUUGAAAGAGGUGCACCCAAAGGCGAUGCACAUCUUGCUAAUAGCUGUAAAAAUAUUUCUGAAGAAUGGAAACGCCAUUUUAAUUAUAUUUUAGUCAACAAUUUGAAAGAUAUUCCAACUGAUGAACCUCUUUAUGGCAUGCCAAAUACUACUUCAUUUUUAGUUAAACAAAAAAAAGCAAAAUUAACUAAUUG